ACUCUGCUCACGAGCAGGCUACCGCAAUUCGUCGCGAACUUGACGGCCGGCGUCAGAAGGUGUCAGACAUGGAACGCAAUCGAAAACUAAUGCCGCGAUUUGUUCUCAAAGAGAUGGAGUCGUUGUACAUCGAAGAGUGCCGAUCUGAAAUUAACAUGUUGAUGGCAAACUUGGAAUCGCUUCCAGUAUCGAAAAGCUCUACCGACUCAAAAUACGGCCUUCCAAAACUGAAAAAGUAUAAUAAUAGUGACGAUGGAGAACUUUGACCUAAAAAUGGUCAAAAAAUGAUUCUAGAAAUCUCAAAUUUUGGGAUAAUAUCCUAAAUAUAUCCAGCCACAGAUAUUCGCGAACAAAGAAGACUGAAGUCCAUUGUCCAUCUCGUAUUUAACCUUUUUCUUCACGCCCGCCAUUACUGCUUUUUCGGAAGACUUUGCAACUUAAAGGCGUCAAACUGAAUUUCUUCCUUGAUAGUCAUUGCAUUAUGGAUUGGUCCAAGGUCGUUCCAAAAAAUUACAUUUCAUAUUUUCUGAUACUCCUUGAUGAAAGGAAUCAGACGGUCUAUCUCACAUUUCCGAAAACAAACCUAUGCCUCCACACAGCCAUUUUGAAUUGGGGGAUCAAAACAUGCCCAACUUUACCCAACACCUGCCAAACAUGAAAUUUCUUUAGAAAUUUCGAAGAACAUUUUAAUUUCUUUUCGGUUUUCAGUUGAGAGAUAUAUUUCCCACACAAAAAAUGCCUUCCCGGAGUUUCUGUCACGUUUUUGAAGACGUAAGACUCGUCGCCAAUAACCAACUAUUUUGGUAAAAUUUUGUUGUAGAGCUUGGGAGGGCUUGCGUUCACCAUUUGUUCUUGACCUUCCGCAUGCUUUGCUGCAGAUUCCUUUGCAUACGCUUUGACCCACAACUUGUGAGCCUUCAUAUGAUGCGCAUAGCCUGGAUCAGGCUUCACUCUCUGCCUGGACUUUUCCCAUCUCGUUAUGUGAGGUUGCCAGCUAACUUUAAAUAUUUUUGAAUGAAUGGAGGGGGACGUACGCACAGAAUGUGGCACUAUCUUUGACCAAUUAUCUCAGUAAUUGUCUAACAACGAUAUGUUACACACAUAUCGAGAAAAUUAAUUUUGAGUUUUGUACUUUUAAGUCGCUUUUUGAUGACGCCUUAUGUGAACGUCCCCUUGUGACUCGCAGUACGCAGUUCCACAUAGUUAAAAGUCUUAUGGCAUUCUGGUCGGACUGGAGAUACAGCGGUCCGGGCAGAGAGUGAAGGCUGGUCUGGAUUAAUCUUCAACUUCAUGGUCGCAUUAGACACAAACGUGGAUCCGUACUUUCCAAAAAUAAAUUAAAUCGUUUUUCAGUUUCAAGGGGUCAAUAUGAUGGUUUUUUCUUGUGGUGAGUAUUUGAAGUUGAUAUUUUCGGAUUCGCCAUACUUUUUUAUGUAUGUCCUAAUUUUUGAACGGCCACACCUCUCUCCGUUGAAAUUUAGUCAAGCCUUCUUUGAGUCUUUGUCGCUCAGAUUUUGGUACAUACUGGUCCUAGGCUAAGUGUAACUAGCUUUUAUCUUUAAAACCGCUGGAGAUUAUCAAAAUCUGAUAAGCCCAUUGGAUUCCUCAUGCGAUUUUGCAUAAAUAUCACCAAUCAAUUUUUUAAUACUUGCAAAGCUUAUCAGCAGCGAAAGUAUUGAAAGGACGCGGGUGGUGAUAAUUUUGCACCAAAAAAACCUGAAGAGAAAUAGCGAAUUUGAAAACUAUGACAGGAGUCGAACGUGCUCUGGGAUUGAGUUCAACGGAAUGUAAAAACGUUCAUGGGGAUAGGAUCGACUAAGGACAGUCGAAGAAAGAUUUUUUCAAAACGUCCAAGGACCACCCCAUCGUGAAGGCGCUGAAGGCUAAAAUCCUAAGAAAUUCACGUAAUUUCAACGGAAAAUAGCCUCACAGCUGACAUUGUUGACGUAAAUAAUCCAACGAGCGCUCAAACUGAACCUAGGGGUUGGGGCUUUGAAACGUAGCACUCGCCACCUCCUGAUUAUGCCCCUUAAUAGGGCCACACUAAAGAAAUGAACGGCGCACCUCAAGCGGUACGCGCCAAAAAGGUUGAGAAUAUUCUGUUUACAGAUGAGGAGAUUUUGACUGUGAGGAAAUAUUUUAACAAAGAAAAAUGCACUGUACACGCAGAAUCUGUCCAAGUUAUCCCCCAAUGAAGAAGAAGGUCAAAAGUUCACAUUAUCCAGGUUUUGUGAAGGUUUUGGCUGUUGCUAGCUGAUUGGGGGUAAUUUCGCCUCAUUUUGUCGCAGAUGGGGGGAAGGUGAUGGAAUCAAAUUUCUUAAAAUACGUUUUUGAGUCCGUAGUACAUACAUCCCCUCAAAGGGAUCCAGUUCAAUGGAAUCUAGUAGACUUUCCACCGGGCUCAGCACCAGCUCAUAGUGCGAAAAAUGACCAAAGCGUGACUAAAAAAACAAAUUGCGGACUUUAGCUCCACUUCGGAAUGGUCAUCCUCUUCGCUGGAUUUGAAUCCUCGGAUUAUGAAAAAUGAUGAAAGUUAGGGGCAAAGGUGUGUUCUAAGCCCCAUAGAAGUUUGGAGGCUUUAAAAAAUCUUUAACCACGGAAUGAGACAAUUUGUCCACGGAUUCAGUGCGUAAUGUCGUCGAGGGCUGGCGGUCGCCUCCUCAGCGCUGAGUUAAUGCGGGGGGAGGAAAUUUCGAAAACCAAAAACUGUUUUCCACUCACUUGUCAGAAUUUAACUGGCUUUCAAUUAAAAUUAACCAGAAAUUUGUAGCAUAAAAACUGUUGAGACUACAGCGUUUCAUUUCAAAGACACGUAGGGUGGGCCACCUAGUACUUACAAAAAACUCGUUUCCCGACUUCCUCGCUUUGAAGUUGUGUACGAAAUUUGUUUUUCAAGGAAAGCUUAUGAAAUUUUGAGGACACGUGGUCAGAUAUUUUUGACAUAUUAUACCAAAAUUUGAGAUUUCAAAAAUCAUUUUUUGACUAUUUUUAGGCCAAAGUUCCCCAUCGCCACUAUAUAGUACGGGAUCUCUAUAUACUCUUCGACCCUGAAAAAGAAAAAAACAUGGCGUAUAUGUAGUAGUAGUUGUGUAGAGAAGAAAAAAAGGAGAUAUGAAUAUUUUAGACUCACUCACUCACAACUUUUAUAUCGUAAUUACUCAUCAUAAGUACGUAUUCUUUUCUCCAGUAAUUUAUCUCUCUCUAAUAAAGCGAAAAAAGUAUUUGAUAUCUAAAAAAAACUCUUCGCCACUAUAAAUAUAUCAUCCACCUCGCUCUCUCUAUCUCUCUCAUUACAUAUUCUAAUUAGUGUCCUUUGACUUCUGUUUGUAACUGUUAACCAAAAAGCUGUUGAUUUUACUUUUUCUUCUUCGCCCGGUUCAGGAGAAGCUCAGUGUUAAGGUAGUUGUAAAAUUUUUGAUGACGCCGCGCGUAUUAGUGUUCCCCUGCUGCUAAAAUUCCUCAAAUGUUUUUCACACCACCAAAUUCUAUAAUUCACCACCAAACCAACCAAUUCACCAACCACUUCUGCUGCUGAGCUGCUGCUGUGCUAUCUAUUUUUAUAAUUAUUAUGUGUAUUUCAUAUUUUUGCCUUCUCUCUCUCUCUCUAUCUCACUUUACGUGUAUAUUUCUUAUUGUCUAUUUUUCUUGUCCUGUGGUGAUGAUGAUCUAUGUUAUGUCUUUGAAUGUCUCCUGUCAUGCGUGUGUCAUAAUAAGGACGGUCAUGGCGAUCAUGAUAAUGCUUACGAUACGGGUUGUAGUAUUUGUUGUUGUUGUCAUUGUGUGUGACGAUACUGUAAAUUGUAUCACCACCUUUUACUUACGUGCGUAGUACCGUGUGUGAUAUGAUGAAUGACUUUCUCCUCUCGUCUUUGUUGGUUCGUUCGUUAUGAUAUGAUUCUAAUUAUGAUUAAGUUCUCGUUUAGUUUUUUUUCUAACCUCUGGUUAUCUCCUUGGUUCAGUUUUUUACCAUUUUAUUCCGUUCGUUGUUGUUGUUCUUGUGUAAUGUCAUGUCAUCCUUAUUAUGACCGUAGCGCCAAAUUGUCUUGUCAAAGAGCACAAAUUUUGUCAGAGUUUUUGGUUUUGUUUCUCCUGGCGGUCCAGAUCUCAGCUUUCUUUGGCCAAACUGGAAUGAUGGGGACUCGCAGUUGAGUAAAAUGGACGUCGUCUUGCCUUUCACCCUGGAGGUGAAACAAACAAACUGUGCACGGAUCAGGCGGGAGCAUCCAAGCCGAUGUGGGAUACACAAGGAGAUUUUAGCACUAAUCACCCACUGCCUGCAGUGAAAGUAAAGCUCUUGACGGAAAAUCCUGGCAUGUUGGCCCUGGAAGAUAAAGAGUUGGGGAAAGUGGUUUACGACCCACUCCACUUACUUCAAAGACUCCAGAGUGGCAUAAAAUGACUGUUCCUAAAAGCGCGGCGGAUCAAGAUCUAAGAAUCAAGAUUGCAUGCAGGAUGGAUAAACCUUUGAACACGAAGCACUGCGGAUACCUGUACGCAUUGGGGAAAGGCGUUUGGAAAAAGUGGAAAAACAGAUAUUUUAUUCUAGUUCAAGUUUCGCAAUAUGCUUUUGCAAUGUGCUCUUACAAAGAGAAAAAAUCCGAACCUACAGAAAUGCUACAACUUGACGGGUACACCGUCGACUACAUCGAACCUGCCAGUGCCAAUUUAAUGGUGGGAAUGGAUUUGGAGGGGGGUCGCUACUUUUUCAAUGCCGUGAAGGAGGGAGAUAGUGUUCUUUAUGCCUGUGAUGAUGAAAACGAGAGCCACUUGUGGGUCAUGGCCAUGUACCGGGCGACAGGCCAGGCUCACAAGCCAGCCCCACCCUUAACACCUGCUGCGAAAAACUCGACAAUUUCCAAACUUCAAGGAGACGUCGAUCGAGCCAGGAAGCACGGGAUGGAGGAGUACAUUUCCGCCGACCCUUCCAAAUAUGACCAUCACAAUUUAUUCAAGUGUGUACAGACUCUCACCUUAGAUUUCCGGUUGGCCGACCCGUAUUGUCCUCUGUCAAAGGUCAACAGGACAAUCCACGAAUGGAAGCACCCCCCCUGGACGCGGUGGCCCCGUUUUUAUCCCGCAUAAAGAGUUGGGGAUAUCGCAUAACUUUCUACAAAAGUUAUGCGGGUGAAGUUCAACAUGCGGAAAAUGGCUUUCUGCCCAUACUGGCACACACCUGGAUACUGGAAAAGUAGCGGAUACAUAAUCAUUUUUUUAACGAGAGAAUUAGCUUCGCAAAUUUGUAAACGGAUUAUGCAAGAUUAGAGCACUAAUCGAGUCGAGAUAGGAUUGGUCGGGUUUCUAGUCGAGUAACACGAGUAAUUCGAGCUCGACGAAUCCAGUCGUACGUAGGUUCAACUCGAAAAUUAAAAUCUCGAGGUAAGCGUCUGAAUUGGAGCUCGAUUAAAAGCUUGAUACGUACGUAGCCCGGGACGCCUCGACUCGAUCAGAGUUCUAAUGAAAGACCAAAUUUUUAUAUUGGAAAUUACCCCCAUUUUUUCUAGAGAUAGUGAAGUAAUUUUAGCACAUCUGGCCCCCACCGGACAAUCAACUAGUCCAACUGCAAUGACAACGAGACCACGCCGGAAAUGAUGAGAUAAUGCAUAACAACUUCAACCAAUGAGACCCCAGCCCACACUUUAGUAAAUUCAUCAGCCAUCCCAGGAGUGUCCACAACAACGUCAUUAUAUCGCAUAAGAUUUGUUUAAAUUAUUUCUCGCAUAAGUUAUGAAUGACUUUUUCUUAUUUAUUUGAUGCAAUAAUUAAUCAGUAUUCAUUACCUAGCAUGAUUAACUUACAAUUCAAGUCGCCAAUAAAUAAUGAACUAUGUAUAUUAAAUUAAUUUUUGAUAGACAUACAUAUUUACACAAAUAUUAUCAUUGUUAAUCAAUAAUAAUUCUAAACCAAAACUAAUUGAAUAAAUUAUAAGUUAUUUUUCUACUUCUAUUUAUAUAUGCAUGACCCUUUUCUUUGCCAGCUGCAAAAAAUGAAAAUCAAAUGCAGCCCCUGGCUUCAAACAUGAACCUAAAUUUAUUAAAUACUUUUUAUCGCACUUCGUAGCCUCAUCCAGGCUUUCCUUUUUUGGGUUUCUUUUAUUGUGGAAAACCUCAAAUUAUUAGAUCAGUGUCUAGAACCAAAUUGAAAACUGGUUGAAAAAUAUAUUGUCUUUUUAAUGAAAUCAUGAAAAUUUGAUUGAUUGCCAUCAGGGGAGUUUUAAUCGAAUUAUGAUCAACAAGAGUUUCAAUGGGCUUAUGUAUGUAUAUAGAUAACGCUUAGAAAUUAUUUAUUAUUUAGCAAUACAGGGGUGGGACAGAAGAAGGAGCCACUUGAAUUUUAGGGGUGGCGUGUGAUGCACAGUCGCGGCAUUUUCAAAAUUUGCAUAUGUCAUACCCAGAUAGUUAACGAAAAUUUAGCACUAUUCAGAUUUUCCCUACGGUUAAAAAUGCCCCUGCAGCACCCCCCAGAGUGCGAGGCACGCAUAAAAGUGUUUUCCAAAGACAUACUGAGCCAGAGAGCGAUUGUUAGAAAAUUUGCUGCAAAUGGAUUUAUCGUCGAUCGAAAGUACGUUUCUAAUGUACUUAAAAACGUUGGAAUCAAGCGGAGGGAAAAAGCGGUUAGAGCUCCACCCCCACGGAAAGGAUACCCAAGAUCCGCUUGAACCAAAAAGUCUAUCCGGAAAAUCAAUUUUUCGCCAAAACGGUAAAUCCACCAACUAAAAGUUGCAUGGCGAAAAUGUUAAACGUUAGUAGGAGAACAUUUCUAGAGCCAUUGACAAUGACCUACAGCAAGUGACUCGUAGGAAAUCCCGAGAUCAUGCUCUCAUCCCAACUUAUUUCUCACAAAAUAUCAGCCUACACGAAGGCUUUUAAAAAAAGUUUGGGUAUAACAAUUAUUCCUACUAUAGAAACUCUCGUUAGUUCCUCGUUUUUUUUUUUUUUUUGUUCCAUGUUUUUUUUUGGAUUCGAGUACUUAAAACAGAGCCUUCUUGAAAGGAAAACGCGUGCGUUUUGAUGCACUUUGGAAAAGUGUUCAGGACGAGUGGUGCAGAAUCACUCUGAAAAUUGUGUCAAAGGUCAUGACUGGUUGGAAAAAGCGACUGAGGCUCGUUAGAUAAACUAAAGGGCUUCACACUGAACCAAUUACCAAACUUCACAAACGAAUAAUAAGGCCGGAAUAAAUUUAG